AUUCGUCAGCCAUUUCAUUUAGUAGAAUUUAGCCCUUGACCUUUACUUGUGUCUUUUAGAACGCUUAGUUUACCUAUUGGUAUAAUUAAUAUAAUUCGAUCGAAUAAUAUUUCACUUCUACUUUUAGGCUUAGCUACUACCGCUUUAAUUUCUUUCUUAUGAUGACGUGAUGUCAUUCGUGAGUCUACUAUACAAGGCCAUCAUACAACAUUUGUUGUUAAAGGUCUUAAAAUCGGUGUAGGACUCUUCAUUAUUAGGGAAGUGUGUUUUUUUUUCGCUUUUUUCUGAGCUUAUUUUCAUAGCAGGUUGGCACCUUCUGUUGAAAUUGGGUCUCAUUGGCCCCCUACAGGAAUUUACCCUCUUCAAGCCUUCCAGGUCCCACUUUUAAACACUUGUGUUUUAUUAUUAUCUGGUGUAUCCAUUACUUGAGCUCAUCAUGCCAUUGAGGAAAAACAAUUAGCAAGAGCACGGGAUGGAUUAGGAGUUACCUGUCUUCUGGGAUUAUACUUUUUAUUUUUACAAUAUGGGGAGUACCAAGAAACUUCUUUCACGAUUAGGGAUAGGGUUUAUGGGUCAUGUUUUUUUAUAGCGACUGGAUUCCAUGGACUGCACGUAGCCGUAGGGACAACAUUCCUUAUUGUGUGUUUCUGUCGGUUAAUUAAUUACCACUUUAGAUCUAAUCACCACGUUGGAUUCUUAGCCGCUGCAUGAUAUUGGCAUUUUGUUGAUGUGGUCUGAUUAUUCUUGUAUAUCAGUAUCUAUUGAUGGGGAUCAUAA